UCUUGCAUUCCUCUAUCCCAAGACGUCCUUGUACACCAAAGCUGGUUACUCCAGGUGAAAUAGUACAGAAGUACAGAGUGCAAAUCUAUAAUCCCCCCGGGAACCAGUGGGGGACUAAAAAGUUAGUCAUGCCUGUCACAAAUAUACAGAGAUAUGACUGGAUUAACUAUGAGAAGGAGCGGUACCCAGUCAUCUGGUCAGCCUACAACGGAGACCUCGAUGGACUUAGACAACAUCUGAAACAGGUAAAGGACGUUACAGAGGUAAAGGACACCACAUCUGAUACGUCAAUCCUGGGUUGGGCAGUGGUCGGAGACCAAGUGACCAUCAUCAAAUAUCUGAUUAACCGAUACCCACAGCUGUUAACGUUAACCAACAAGUAUGGUGCCAGUCCACUCUUCUUGUGCUCUGUAUCAGGCAACGUGGACAUGUUCAAACUGUUUGUAAAGGAAGGGUUGUCUCCAUACAGGAGAAUUGUUCACCUAGACACUGUCCUCAUGUUAACAGCAGCCAGAGGACACCUUAACCUCACACGCUAUAUCGUUGAAACAUACCCUGAUAUGGUGAGGAAAAUAUCAAAUACUAAUAUGGACGUAUUUCUGUAUUCUUGCUACUCUGGAAGUGUUGACAUAUUUGACUACAUGUUACAACAAAAGCUUGACCCCACAGUGCUGGACAUUGACGACAUCAACUGUCUCAUGAUUGCGGCAUGGUGUGGUCACGAAAUACUUCUGAGGUACAUUCUGGAAAACGCAAGGCGAUUUAACAUCAACAUCCACGCAACUGACGUCGACGGUCACUCUCCAGUUUUUUAUUCUAUGAUGGGAAAUCAUCCAGAUAUUACUGACAUACUGAAGAGAUAUGGCAUGAAGCCACCGAAUGCUUUUAGAAUUCUGAUAUCUGUACCUAAGCGUCUGUUCCGUAAAUGGCGAAGAGAGUCGGGAAAAGAAGUGGGACCACAGAAGGUGUUCGAUGAUUAUCUAAGGCUUUUCUCCGGACCUAAAGAAAAGUACAGACACAUCCGAGUAGUGUUUGUUGGACCAGAGAAUGUAGGUAAAACCACGCUCUGUCUUCGACUCCAGGGCAGACAUGUAGACAUCAGACUUCGGCGCCCCACCCUGGGGGCCGAGCUCUUCCUACAGCUGUAUGAGAUAGGCUGGGACAGCAAGAGAUGGACACACCUUGAUACGGACAGACCGGAAGUAGUUAUCCACAAACGAUUAGGAGAAAUACUCAGAAAUACAUCUGUAGUCGAGGACAACACCGGAAACAACGAUGCAGAAACCCAAGCACUACCUUCCACUGCUGAUACGGGCCCCAUUACAGCUGAGUCUAAACACGAAAUUAAAGAGCUGCCCUCCACCGCUGAUACAAGCUCCAUCACAUAUAGAUCGGAAAAAGAGAAACAACCAAAACCUGCUCCAUUUGUUCCAAGACGAACGGGUUUAAUGAUAGUAGUGAUAGCUAUUAUAGCCGUUUUGAUGUCCAUGUUUAAUGUUACAACCGGUUCAAGUGUCUUACCUACAAUCAGCACAUUGUGGUUGUCAUUGGUGCAGAUUUUCAACAGGCUACAAGAAUGCAUUUGGCAGCAUCAAGUUGUGAAUGAUAGUGUUAGCAAUUACGUCAUGCUGCCAUUUGUCGUUCUGUGUGCGAUCCUCCUAGCUGUCGGUGUCCGACGAAUUACAGAACGUAUAUUUAAAGGUAAUCAGCAGAGACACAAUAUUAACCGGGAAAUGGCCGAGAUCACACGUGAAGACGAAUCUGAUGAGGUUUACCAUCAGUCACGCCAACAAGAUGAGGGCGUUGCCUUCCUGUCUAUGUGGGACAUGGGCGGGGACCUGGGCUUUCAGGCUACCAACUCUUUGUUCGUCAGCGCCCACGGAGUCUACAUCGUCACGUUCAGGGCCAUAGACUACUUCACUGACGACAUACAGAUGGUACGACUGAAAAACUGGGUCCGUAACAUCGGAGCCUACUCUUCCCGCGUGUACAAUCCGAGUAAACAGUACCCACAUCAUCCACCGAUCAUCUUGGUUGGCACACACAUGGACCAGGUCAACAGCAAGUUUAAGAAUGAAAGUCCUGAGGAGAACAAAACAAAGCUGGAGGACAUGUGGAAAGACAUAUGUAGCAUCACUGAACUUACAAAUGUAAAGAAAGCAGAAGGGUUUGUGUUUCUUAGAUUCUGCACGGUUAACAACUCCAUUGACGAUGACCCAGCAUUCGAGAAGAUCAGGAAACAUAUCCUGGAAGCAGCGGCCUACCAGGAUCAGUGGGAACGUGAACUGCCAGCGACGUGGCUCGCCCUGGAGAGGGAGAUUCUGAUAAAACGGAAAUGGAAACACGUUUUGACAUUUCAAGAGAUCCAAGACAUGGAUGUACAGUGUGAAUCUUCUAUUGGUGAAGAGGAAGAAAUCAAGAUGUUUCUUGAGUACCUUCACUCAACAAGAUCUGUACUGUAUUUUCGAAAGUAUGGAAAAGUGAUAAUCAACCCACAGUGGGUCAUGAACGCUUUCCGGGAAAUCCUCACGGACAAAAAGUUCCCCCCUACCGACGACGUCCUCCUCGGAGCUGACUACUUCAAAUACACAGAAAACGCCAUCCUGACAGUGAAUCUAGCAAAGAAGCUGUGGCAGUCCAAAGAAGAUAAUUCGUACAUUCAGCAUGUCGACAUUUUAUUCACCUUCCUUGAAGAGUUCGGUCUCCUGCUAAAGGCGUGUCUUGGUCAGGAUAAGGAGGGGAAACCACUGUACGAUGACGACUACACCGUACCGAGCAAACUCGAAAAGGCACCACAAGACAUGAAUCCAAUCUCAAAUCUUCUCGAAGGAAAAGUUCGUUCACGAACACUGUGCUUCGUAUUUGAGGAUGUCUUUACUCCCCAGGAAUUGUUCGACCGGAUAUACGCCGGAAUCAUUAAGACGUUCAGACCAGCGGAGGAAACGUCUGGAAAUCUGCGCAUCUAUAAAGGUCUUGGCUGCUUUAAGAUAGACGAUCUCUGUAACAUGGUCGUUCGGAUGCAUUGGGAACAGUCUGUGAUAGCGGUCACGCUGUUUACGACUUCAGAACCAAAGAUUCCUGAUGACACCGGGACAAAGGUAAGACAGAAACUGGAGACAAUCAUACGACACACUCUAAAAGUUAGCCGCCAGGAACACAUGGAGUACAGAUACAAGCUUCACUGUAGGUUCUAUCUGAAACCUUCUGACAAUCUGCGAGAGGAAGACGGGAUAGUUAGGACAACACAAGGACUGCCCUGUCAGGGAGAAGGCUGUUCAGGGAAACACUACCUCACAAAACAAGACUGGCACAAAUGGUUUCCAGUUCCCUCUGAGACAAAGAAUAUAGAGAGUUGUAUCACAACUAGAUCAUAUGCUAACGAGUUGCUGACUGACAAGGGUCUACAGGAGAGUGCAAAACAGCUUGGAGCAAAUUGGGAAUGUGUUAUGACUCAAUUAAGAGUUAGCAGUAGUCAACUUGAAAGGAUAAAAUUAGGUAAUCAGCAUUGUGUCCUCACCCAGAUAAAGAAAGCGUUGAUCCACUGGCGAGACACCUACCCCGCACACAAGUCGGAGACGGAAAUGUUGGGAGAUUUAUCGGAGGCUUUCCAAAAAUAUGACGUCUGCCGUGAAGUCAUAGAUCACAAGCUGUAGCUACUAACGAGGUCAGACUUCCAGAUCUAGUAGUUAUGAAAAGCUAUUGUGACAUUCAGCAUAUAGCUGUCUAGGUCAAUGUUUAUAAGCUCUUGUAGAAUAUUUCGCCAGAUUACUUAACGCAGAUGGGGGACAUUAUGUCGAUCAUUUUUUGCUGACCUGUGUUUGUGACUUUAUAAACCAAAUUAUACGAGAUAACUUUGCCCGCUCCUCUUUUGUCCUAUUGAGAUAUAUCGGUAAUGAUUUGCUGUUCAGUAACAUAAAGUUGGAAGUCUACUUGAAUCUCGUUUAGUCCUCUGUGCGAGCCUCUUCUCUAGUUUUGACACCAAUGAUUAUCUUUCUUCCUAAAACACGUGUCAACUAUGAUUUUGCAAUCGUUUACUGUCCUUUCAUAUAUACAUGUAGAAGCAUAACAUUUUGACAUUAUGGCGUUCACAAGUCACAGCUUCAUCCAGGUCAGAUCGGUAACGUCCUAGUGAUCACACUCGAUGUUGUUUAAAACUGAGCAAAUCCCCAGGGUCAUUUCGGUGGAAUAAAUUGUUUGCCAGUAAGGCAGUAUUUCCCACAUUAUCCUUGGCAGCUGCAGUGUUUUCCCCUUCAAAUGUGUACAAGAUGGUCCAGAUAAAAGAUUGUUUAGAUCAUUACAUUACCACUGGUUGUUACGUGUGAGGUGCAUCCAUCCAGCCACUGAGCACACUCCAUCGUGUUUACCUAAUAAGCGAGACCCCAGGGUGAUACUACAUCGAUAGAUUUCCCCCUCAAAAGAGCACCAGGCUACUCAUUUGCAUCUUAAAGAGAAUCUGGUGAAAGAUAUGUCAGGUGAAGAUUUAAGAUACGCAAGUGAAGACGCAAGUAUAGUUUUAAGAAAGUUUUAUAUGUUCGUCCUAAAACAAAGGACUAUAUAUACAUUUACCUGCCAUAACUCAUUUAGUGUAUAUUACAACAUUCUUUUGUUGCAGACAAGAGGAUUAGGAAGAUUCAAAACCGCCGAAGAAAAUAAAAACUCAAGUACAGCGCCAGCUUAUAUCUAUGUAAUCAUGUAUAUGAAUUGGACAAACGUUUUACUAAUUUGAACAUGACAAGACUAUAUCAUGUACGGCAUUGUAACGAUCCGUUAGUGAUUAGUCAAAGACAAUAUGGAUAGGUUUAGUGCCAUGUGUACUUCGAUAAAAGUCAACUGGUACAAAUCUGUAAGGACAUAUCAGUGUUCACCUGAUAUGUCAGAGUGUACAUAAAGGAUAUUUAAUGAUGUCGCAGCACUCGUGAAAAAUAUCAAAAUAUAAGCCACACUCGUGAAAUAUAUUUGUUAUUACGGAAGACACCAUUAAAUUUUCUAUUUAUUCCAUUUUUAAAGCAUAACACUUGAAAAAUGUAAUGCAUUAAAAAAGGGCGGGAAUCGGAAGGGUAAUGAUUAGCGCAACAUUAAAAUGACGUCACGGUUGACAACAAGACUGCGCGCCAUUUUGAAUGGGAUACCUAACGUAAUUCCGGCGUUUUCUGCUAUUUUCUCGUAUGCUUGCUUAUA